GUUUGGGUUUUCCUAUCACCCAUGUUGCAUUCUGGGAUUGUUGUAAAAUGGCAGCCCCCGCUGAAGACGAGCAAGCUAAUAAUACUAAUAGCGGCGCGGAAAUUACGGAAAAGGUCACUUUUAGAUCAUUAGGUGUAACCGAUGUGUUGUGUGAAGCAUGUGACCAGCUGGGUUGGAAAACGCCAAGCAAGAUACAGCAAGAGUCGCUACCUUUAGCGUUACAAGGUAAAGAUGUUAUUGGUUUGGCUGAGACGGGAUCAGGAAAGACGGGAGCAUUUGCAAUUCCCAUCAUACAAGCUCUGCUAGAGAAUCCACAACGGUUAUUCGGUCUUAUUCUCACACCUACUAGAGAACUUGCAUUUCAGAUAUCUGAACAGUUUGAGGCACUUGGCUCAUCCAUUGGUAUUAAAUGUGCUGUAAUCGUUGGAGGCAUUGACAUGAUGACCCAGGCUAUACAUCUCGCAAAGAAGCCACACGUUGUCAUUGCCACACCAGGUCGACUGGUGGAUCAUUUGGAAAACACAAAAGGGUUUAACCUAAGAGCUCUAAAAUAUUUGGUGAUGGAUGAAGCUGAUAGAAUUCUAAACAUGGACUUCGAAGCUGAAGUAGAUAAAAUCCUAAAAGUCAUUCCAAGAGAUCGACAUACUUACUUGUUUUCUGCAACAAUGACAAAAAAGGUUGCAAAGCUUCAGAGAGCUUCCUUGCAAGAUCCUGUAAAAGUUGAGGUCUCAACGAAGUACCAGACAGUUGAGAAGCUUCAGCAGCACUACAUUUUUAUACCAACUAAAUACAAGGACUGCUACCUGGUGUCGAUUCUCAACGAACUCGCCGGAAACUCGUUCAUGAUAUUCUGCUCGACGUGCAACAACACGACGCGCGUCGCGCUGAUGCUGCGCAACCUCGGCCUCAACGCGAUCCCGCUGCACGGCCAGAUGGGCCAGAACAAGCGCCUCGGCUCGCUCAACAAGUUCAAGAGCAAGACGCGCUCCAUCCUCGUGGCGACGGACGUCGCCAGCAGGGGCCUAGACAUUCCGCAUGUCGACGUUGUGCUGAACUUUGACAUCCCGACGCACUCUAAGGACUACAUUCACAGAGUUGGAAGAACUGCUAGGGCGGGCAGGAGUGGCAAGGCCAUUACGUUCGUUACACAGUACGAUGUUGAGCUGUACCAGCGAAUAGAGUAUCUAAUAGGCAAGCAGCUGACACUAUAUCCUAGCGAGGAGCAGGAGGUUAUGCUACUAAUGGAGAGGGUGUCCGAAGCUCAGCGGAUUGCCAAAAUGGAGUUGAGAGACAUGGAAGACAACAAAAAGAAACGACCAGCAGGGGGCGCAAAAAAUGCUGAUGAUGCUGACGAUACAGAAGAUGCAUUGGGUGUACGAAAGAAAGUGAAGAAAAGCCAUGGAGGCAAACCAGGACAAAAAAGUCAGGGGAAUCGAAAAAUGUCCAAAAGGCACUGACAUCGUAAUUAUCUGUUUAAAAGAAGGUCUCAGAAUCUAUAAAAAUUCUGCUCUACAUUUGUUUGUCCUGGCAGUUAUUAAUCUGUUUCAUCCAUAUAAUGAUGUAUGCCCCCACAUCACUAAAUUUUAAGACAUAGAUUUUUAUACACACAAACAUAUAUAUAUAUA